AUGAAGCGGGUCGUCCUCAAUGCACACUCCCGCCAGCAAUUCUUCCCCCGAUUCAGCAAGUGGGUCUACGAAAGAGGUGCGUCACUCUCCCUAACACUCUCUUUGUGUCGCCUCUCCAUCUCCCUUCUCCCUUCACAACCCCCUCCUGCUUUCCCCACUGCUCUCGAAAUCAAUCUCCGCCAAUUUGCCUCUGGUCACCUAAGAACUCAACUCCUGAGCUGUGCCCGCCGGCUACGCUCAAUAAUGUAUUCCGCUCGUUCUAGGCUGCGAAAUCUCGCCCCGGUCAACUCGGUAGCAGAAGUCGGUCAGUGCCUACCUCCGCUCAACAGCAAAAAUCAGUCCCCUACCCAAAAUAGUCCUCUGUAA